UCCUCCCUGCGCUGUGGGGGUCGACGGGUACGCCUGCAGCCUGGGCUGCGGGAAGACGGCGCCUUACGGCAGCCUGGCGGGAAGAGUCUGGAACUUCUCAGCGGCCCACGUCCCACACCCGGGCCCGGGCCUUCCUCCCCGCCCCUCCGCUCCUCCAACCUGCGCUCUCGGAGGCGUGUGCGCGCUCUCGCUGCCACUUGGGCGCCUUCUCCCGGGUCAAGGCUACCCACGCAGCCGCGACUCUAGGCCCCGGGGGACUCGAGUCCAGGUGGGGUCUGCCCCCGCGCACUGGGGACCCCGGAAGAGCCGGUGACACCCGUGGGGCUCCGGGCCCCUGCUGCCCCAUCCAUCCCUCCACGAGGGGACGCGGCAGGGAGCAACAGAGAACCAAGGCGAGAGUUCGGGCCCGGGGCCCAGACCUCCAAGCAGUGGAUUUGGGGGUCGCCAGAGGGAUGCAGCACCGAGGCUUCCUCCUCCUUGCCCUGUUUACCCUGCUGGCGCUGCCCUCCACGGCGGCCAAAAGGAAAGACAAGAGCAAGAAGGGCGGCGCGGGCAACGAGUGUGCCGAGUGGACCUGGGGCCCCUGCGUCCCCAGCAGUAAGGACUGCGGCGCGGGCUUCCGCGACGGUGCCUGCGGGGCGCAGACGCAGCGCCUCCGCUGCCGGGUGCCCUGCAACUGGAAGAAGGAGUUCGGAGCCGACUGCAAGUACAAGUUUGAGAGCUGGGGGGCAUGCGAUGGGGGCACUGGCACCAAAGCGCGCCAGGGCACCCUGAAGAAGGCGCGGUACAACGCCCAGUGCCAGGAGACCAUCCGCGUGACCAAGCCCUGCGCGCCCAAGACCAAAGCCAAGGCCAAAGCCAAGAAAGGGAAGGGCAAGGACUGAGCCAGGCUGGGAUUGCUGUGACACAACCGACCAGUGCCUUCACUCCACCAGCUUUAUCAAUCACCCCUGCACCACACCCCUCCCACCCCAGAGCCCCAGACGCAAGGGAUUCUGGACCCCCCCCCCCAGUUUGAUUCCCAGUAUCCCCUUUGUUCUUUCCCACCAUGCUCCUUGUUACUAAGAAGUGAAUAAAUCGAACCAACUUCUUUCCCAAUAAAAGCUUUUCU